CCCGGAAACUUCGCGAUAGCACGCAAGACGCUAAUCGCUUUAGGACCGCGCUUCGUGACUCGACAUAGCCGAGCCCCUCCUCACCAUGUCGCCUCGCGCUAAGCUCCUUUCUGCGAGCUCUCCAGCUCGAGAGUUUCCAAACAUCAUGGCUUUCUUUGACGUCUGGAUCUUGCGAACAACCCCGAGCACUCAAUAUUGAGUACCCUUAAACUCAUCCGACGACAUUCGCAACUAUGAAGCUCUUUCCGAUCACCGCUUUCCUCGUCCUGGGCCCGGUCGCUGCAUUGUCUCAAGCUGCACCAAAGACCAGGCCCAAUUUCGUCUUCAUCCUCACAGAUGAUCAAGAUGCACAUAUGGGGUCGUUGGAUUACAUGCCAUUGACACAGAAGUUUCUGCUCGACGAAGGAACGCAAUUCAUACACCACUACUGCACCGUCGCCAUCUGCUGUCCAUCGCGAGUCAAUAUCCUCACAGGAAAGCUUUCGCAUAAUACCAAUGUCACAGACGUGAUACCGCCAUACGGUGGCUUUCCCAAGUUCGCCUCACAGGGUUUCCAUAAGAACUAUUUGCCUCUGUGGUUCCAGUCUGCCGGCUACUCAACCUACUACUCCGGCAAGAUAUUCAACGCGCAUACAACGAAGAACUACGAUGCCCCAUUACUUCCCGGUUUUAACGGGUCCGAAUUUAUCCUCGACCCCUUUACAUACCAAUACUACAACACUUCCAUGACGCGGAAUGGCGGAUCACCAGUGAAUUACAUUGGACAGUACUCUCCAGACUUGACGGCGCAGAAAGCCUAUGGCUUCCUUGACGAAGCGCUCGAGCAUCAGCAAUCAAAGAGCAUCCCGUUUUUCUUGACAGUUGCGCCUAUCGCACCGCACGCCGACGUGGAACUCUAUCCGACCAUGAAAGCAGGUCCACCACAGAUCGCGGAGAGACACCGGCACUUGUUCAAGGACUACAAGAUCCCACGAACGCCGAACUUCAAUCCCGAGAAGAUGGAGUUCGGAGCGAGCUGGGUGAAAUCACUUCCUGUGCUGAACGAUUCGGUAAUCGAGUAUGGCGACUGGUAUCAGCGACAACGCCUACGGAGCCUGCAAUCGGUGGAUGAGAUGGUUGGUGAAAUAGUGCACCGCCUAGAAGCAGCCGAGACUCUCGACAACACGUACAUCGUCUACACUUCCGACAACGGCUACCAUAUCUCUCAGCACCGCAUGCAUCCGGGCAAAGAAUGCGGAUACGAGACUGACAUCAACGUACCCUUCAUCAUUCGGGGUCCUAAUAUCGCGAAGAACAAGGUUUCGAACGCUGUGACGUCGCAUACAGAUCUUGCGCCUACUUUUCUUUCUUUAGCGGGCAUAGCGCUUCGCGAUGAUUUCGAUGGCCAACCUAUACCGCUGGAGACUCCGGUUACUGCGAAUGAGCUCGAAGGCGAAGGCGUGGACCAGGCGGACGUUAAUAACGGGCAUGGGAGCAACGAGCAUGUUGGUAUCGAGUUCUGGGGGCUUGCUAUUCCGGAAGGCAAGUAUGGAUACAAAGGGAAAUACGGGUUCGAAGAUGGCUUCGGAAAUGCCUACCGGAACAAUACGUACAAAGGUUUGCGGAUCGUAUCGGACGAGUACAGCCUGUACUAUUCCGUAUGGUGCACAAAUGAAAGAGAGCUAUAUGAUAUGAAAAAAGACCCAGCUCAAGUGCACAAUCUCCUGCACAACGAGGAUAUCUUCUCCAAUGCAGUGAUCCUCGGCCGGCCUGUAAGCCAUCUCGUGGACCGCCUCGACGCCCUUAUGAUGGUCCUCAAGUCCUGCAAAGGCCGCACCUGCACCCAUCCUUGGGAGUCACUCCACCCUUCUGGAGACAUCACGUCUCUGAGAGAAGCGAUCGAUGGUCACUUCGAUGCGUUCUAUGCUGAGCAGCCCAAGGUGGGCUUUGAAGAGUGCCGGCUGGGCUAUUUCCCCGAAGUAGAAGGGCCGAUGGAGGUUAACGGAUACGGGAUGGAAAACGAUGGAUGGAGGCACGGGGAUGGAGGAGAGCAGCGUCCUUUUUUUAAUGCUGAUUGGAGUGUCAUGACGUAG